AUGACAGUGGACAUCGAAAGUAGUAAGGUCGAGGGAGGGCUCUAUGCACUGAAAAUAUUUCAGGCAACACUAAACAUUCUAUCCCACCUUUUGAUCGGUUUAGUAGUGGGAAUUUGUCUUAUUUUCUCAUUGAGAAAUGGAUUGCCGCUGGGAAGUACUCCGCAACACAUAAUAUUAUGUGUAAUUGGGUACCAACUCCUCAUGGCGGAAGCUAUACUUAGUUUAUCCGCUGACAAUGGCUGGUCCGGAGUCUUAAGAUUCAGAGACAAGAGACGAGCGCAUACCAUUCUCCAAGUCGUCGGCUCCACUUUAGCACUUGCUGGAAGUUUCAUCAAGAUGCUGGACAAGACUGAGAAUUUCAACACUUUACAUGGACAAUUUGGUAAUUCAAUCUUGUUUCAUAGGUUAAAAGGGAUUAUCAUCGAUCUCUAG